AUUUAGUUAUGACACUGCGUGGAAAAAUUUAUAAAACUGGUGAUUAUUUUAAAUCCGGAUUUCAUCGUCCAAUCUUACCAGAAACUGAUGACACAUUACUUGGAAUUAGUAAUCCAUUAUUUGGAAAAGAUAUUUCUCAAUUUUUUCCAUUGGACAAUGAUGCUAUUGGUUGUAGAUUUCGUCCCGUUAAUUUUAAUUCAUCAGAUUUAUGUCCUUCGUUGCCUAAUGAUUCAAGAUAUCAUUGCCAUACUUCAAAAAAUUCUCUGCGUACUUUAGAAUCUUUAUCAACUAAUCGUUAUGUUGGCUUUUCAUGGGAUGAGAUAACUUCAAAUACUAACAACAGAAAAUUAUUAGUAAAUCGAAAUUAUGUAUAUGAUUUCACAUCAUAUCUUGAUCCAUCAAACAUUGAUCUAUGGUUAGGUGAUGAUAAAAAUCUUACACGAACAUGGAUAGAAAGUUUGAUUGGACGUGAUGCGACUUUAGAUAUAACUAGAACAACUUCUCAAAAUGAUGUGGCGAAAUGUUUCGACAACUUUUUAGUAGGAAAAGUUGAAGGGAUUCCAUAUGGUU